AUGACCGACGGUUUCUGGUUAUUCGAAGGGUUGGAAGAGGAGCCAUACGGUUUGUUACCACUUGUUAAUCUUGCUGGAAAAGGUGGACCAACCAGUACCAAGUAUGUCGAUCGACUUGGUAGUUAUCAAUGGGUUCUAUCGGAGGAUACCAACACAAUUCUUGUUCCCGGCAUGCCACUCGAGUCAUUCUUCUGGCCUGGAGGUAAACUGCAGCAGGAUCAUGGCGUAGUCAUCUACGAUGUGAAUCAUCUCAAGGUUCAUGACGGAUCACUUGACGCUGCCAUCAUCGCCACAAAACUUCUGGCAGACAAAAAGCGAAAACCGAUCGACUUCAGCAAGUACGACUUCAUCACUGAUGCCGUGAAUCUGCAAAAACUUUUCGCUUUCUGUCAAGAAGCAGGUGAGGGACUGUUCCGAAUUGACUGCGAACGGGUAGGCAAAACCUGCAUUCUCACCAGGAAGGAAGCUUCCGAUCUCAUGGAAAUAGGACACUGCACGUUUGAUCAGAAUCUAAAACGAAAAAUGACCCGGCCAAGGGGUGCCCAUUCCACUGGGCCCUUCUUUCAGAUGGUUGGUUAUCAGUUCGGGAGUUUCAGAAUAAUGGUACGGUACGAAGUCGACUGUGCGGAUUACGCUGCUGCCAAAUGCCCACCGUGA